AUGAGCAUUGCAACGUUGGCGUUGGCGAUUUUAACAGUAGCCUGCAUUUCAUUCACCUUCGGCGGUGCUCCCAUCGUGAUGUUAGCUGGUGCAACAGCUAACCUAGAAAGUUGCACCGCCUUCUUGGCGGAGAGCCUUCCUGAAGGACUUGCCUACCCAUCCUCCGCACCUAGUUUUAUUUCUACUGUCUUCGCCUGGAAUUCACUGCUCUACAAUGCGCGGAGAAAUGUCUCGAUCGCGUCCUUUUACUGGUCGAUGCUUCGUGAAGACGUAUAUAACUCGUCGUCUGCCUAUCAGGGUGAAUGUAUAUUUCAAAAAUUGCUGACUAAGAGUGGAGACAUCGACGUCAGAAUAGUCACAAGUGCUCCACAAAGUUCUAACAAUGAUUUGGACAGCCUAAUUGCGGCAGGAGCAAAAGUAAGGUAUUUGAAUAUGGCUAAAUUGCUCUCAGCGGGCGUCCAACAUGCCAAACUUUGGGCAAUUGACAAUUUACACGGUUACAUUGGCAGUGCAAAUAUGGAUUGGAGGUCCUUGACUCAGGUGAAGGAGAUUGGUGUGCUGUUAAGAUUUUGCCGAACUCUCACAACAGAUCUAGCCAAAUUAAUUGGCGCUCUUGAUUAUGUCGCACGAUCUGACAUUGUCUUUCCGAUUAACUGGAGUCCAGAAUACACAACCAUCUAUAACCGAUCAAAUCCCAUGCGCUUAACGAUGAAUGGAAUACCUGCGGAGGUCUAUGUUUCCAUGUCACCUCCACCGCUUAGACCGACGGGCCGCGAGGACGACUUAGAAGCUAUCCUUCAUGUGAUCGACUCUGCGGGUUUCUUUAUCUACAUUUCUGUUAUGGACUUUCAACCAAUCGUUGACUCUUAUACAAGCAAACCUUACAAGUACUGGCCUGCGUUGACAGAUGCGCUUGUAAAGGCUUCCAUGGAGAACAAUGUGGAAGUUCGCAUCCUCGUGAGCCGAUGGGAUCACACCUCAUCGAAUCAGCGUCAAUACAUGGAAUCCCUUCGCGCCUUAGAUGGAGCCAACGGAGUCAGAAUCAGAAUUUGCGCUUCACCUCCACAGCGAUUCUUUGUGGUGCCUUCAGUGACACCGGAGCAGAAGGCCAUUCCGUUCGCAAGAGUGAACCACGGCAAAUAUAUGGUUACUGAUAAGACUCUCUAUAUUGGCACGUCGAAUUGGUCAGGGGAUUACUUCAAAUACAGCGGAGGCGCAGGUCUUGUCAUCGCUGGUGAAGGUGAUAUAGUGGGUCCCAAUGGGGAAAAGCCACUGCGCCGACAGAUGGAGGAAGCCUUCCUUCGCGACUGGAAUUCCAUGUUUACUGAUGACUUGUGA